AUGGCCAAAGACGAUAACGUUAAUGAUCCUCCCACUCGCACGACAUCAACCGAGUUUCACCCUGUUCUAGGAGUAAACAACAUCAAAAACGAGAUCCCUCUCACUCUUGAUCGUGAAAGGAUACAAUACUCCAACUUGGUGGAAUUAUUUGAAUGUCAUGCUCAUGCUUUUAAUAUUAUAGAUCACAUAGAUCCAAAAACUCCCAGGCCAACCGAUGUUUCUGACGAUAUGUUGAACCGUCUUGACUCGAUUGUGAAACAAUGGAUUUGUGCUACUAUUUCUUAUGAUCUCAUGCAAUCAUUUUUGUGCCGAGGAGAUUCGGCACAACAAAUCUGGAACAAGCUUAGAGGGAUAUUUCAAGAUAAUAAAAAUUCAACGGCAGUUUGUCAUGAUAAUCAAUUUACUACUUUGCAUCUGAAUAAUUUUGCUGAUGUUAAUGCUUACUGCACACAAUUAAAAGUUUUAGCAGAUCAAUUGACUAACGUCGACCAACCAGAGUUGGAACAAAAUUAG